AACCUUACAGCCUCAAAUCUCAAAUCUCCUCUUUUAGUUCUUCAACAAUGGCUGUAACUUUCUCAAAUCUUCACACUGAAGCUGGUCUUAAGUCUGUUAAUGACCAUCUUUCUGGAAAAGCUUAUAUUUCUGGAGAUCAGCUGACUAAGGAUGAUAUUAAGGUAUAUGGAGCAAUUUCUGAACAACCCAGUUCAGAUCUUUACCCCAAUGCUAGUAAAUGGUACCAAGCUGUUUCUGCAAAACUUGCCUCAAGUUUUCCUGGGAAAGCUGUUGGUGUGAGAUUCGGAAGCCAAGCUGCUCCUGCUGAAGCUGCACCCGCUAAGGAAGCUGCCAAGCCUGCCGCUGAUGACGAUGACGAUGAUGAUAUUGAUCUCUUUGGAGAAGAGACAGAGGAGGAGAAAGCAGCAGCAGAAUCAAGGGAGGCUGCUAAGGCAUCUACCAAGAAGAAAGAGAGUGGAAAGUCAUCCGUUCUUAUGGACGUUAAGCCUUGGGAUGAUGAAACCGAUAUGAAGAAACUGGAGGAGGCUGUUCGUGGUGUUCAGAUGGAAGGGCUUCUCUGGGGAGCAUCCAAAUUGGUCCCUGUUGGAUACGGGAUUAAGAAAUUGCAGAUCAUGCUUACCAUCGUCGAUGACCUUGUCUCUGUGGAUACCCUCAUUGAGGAACGCCUAACAGAAGAGCCCAUCAACGAAUACGUCCAGAGCUGUGAUAUUGUUGCCUUCAACAAAAUUUAAGGUCAACACGAGAUGGAACUCUCUAUCCGGAUUGACCCUUGUCAGGCUGUAUUUUUGCUAGUUUUUGAGUUGUUCUGAAACUUUAUUUCUAGUAUUUAUCGUCGCUCUUUUUGUUCAAGUGCGUUUACUCAUGAGAAUGGAAAUGUUACUCUGAAAGCAUAUGAAGCUGAGAAUUAUGAUCAUCCAUUUUACCUCUUCUUUAUG